AUGUCGUCCGCCGCGACCAAAGACGACAAGACGCACCCAGCCGUCAAAGGCCCAAGUGCCCUGCGGUCUAUCCUUGCCGGUUCGACGGCUGGUGCUGUGGAGAUUGCGAUUACCUACCCGGCUGAGUUCGCGAAAACACGCACACAACUCAACCGCCGACUGGCCGCGGGGCAGAAGCUGCCGUGGCCACCAUUCGGCGCGCAGUGGUAUGCUGGGUGUACUACUCUGAUUAUAGGGAACUCGGCCAAGGCCGGUAUCCGAUUCGUGGCGUUUGAUCAGUACAAGCGGUUGCUCGCCGACGAAGAUGGCAAGAUGUCGGGGCCGCGGACGGUUUUGGCGGGGUUUGGUGCGGGCGUGACGGAGUCUUUGCUGGCUGUUACGCCGACUGAGAGUAUCAAGACGACGCUGAUCGACGACCGCAAAUCCGCCAACCCCCGCCUGCGCGGAUUCCUCCACGCGGUCCCCAUCAUCGCCCGCGAGCGGGGCAUCCGCGGUUUCUUCCAAGGGUUCGUGCCCACCACCGCCCGCCAAGCCGCCAACAGCGCGACCCGUUUCGGUUCCUACACAGCCCUCAAACAGCUAGCGGAAGGAUACACCGCACCCGGCGAAAAACUCGGCGCGGCAGCGACGUUUGGCAUGGGCGGCAUCGCGGGGCUGAUUACUGUCUAUGUGACGCAGCCGCUGGACACGAUCAAGACGCGGAUGCAGAGUAUUGAGGCGCGGCAGGCGUAUGGGAACUCGUUCCGGUGUGCGGCGAUUAUUUUUAAGCAGGAGGGGGUGUUGACUUUUUGGAGUGGGGCGUUGCCGAGGUUGGCGAGGUUGAUUAUGAGUGGGGGGAUUGUGUUUACGAUGUAUGAGAAGAGUAUGGAGAUGUUUGAUCGGUUGGAUCCGGAGCGGAAGUAUUUGUAG